AUGGAGAAGAGCAGCGAGACCAACGGCUACCUCGACGGCACCCAGGCAGAGCCUGAGGCCGGGCCCCGCACGCCCGAGACGGCGGCUAGGAAAUCGCGGCGCUGCGUUGACUUUUUUCGGCGCCAGGCGCUGGUACUGCUCACUGUGUCGGGGGUGAUAGUGGGCGCUGGUAUGGGCGCGGCGCUGCGCGGGCUGCAGCUCACCCGCACUCAGGUCUUCUACCUGGCCUUCCCCGGCGAGAUGCUACUCCGCAUGCUGCGCAUGAUCAUCCUGCCGCUGGUGGUUUGCAGCCUGGUGUCGGGCGCCGCCUCCCUGGACGCCAGCUCCCUCGGGCGUCUGGGCGGCAUAGCGGUCGCCUACUUCGGCCUCACCACGCUGAGCGCCUCUGCGCUCGCGGUCGCUUUGGCGUUCAUCAUCAAGCCAGGGGCGGGCGCGCAGACCCUCCAGUCCGGCAGCCUGGGGUUGGAGGACUCGGGGUCUCCUCCGGUCUCCAAAGAGACGGUGGACUCUUUCCUCGACUUACUAAGAAACCUGUUUCCUUCCAAUCUUCUGGUUGCAGCGUUCUCUUCGUCUGCAACCAAUUACACAGUGGUGACCCAUAACACCAGCUCGGGAAACGUGACCUACGAGAAGGUCCCCAUUGUCACUGAUAUUGAGGGAAUGAACAUUUUAGGACUGGUCCUUUUUGCCCUGGUGUUGGGAGUGGCUCUAAAGAAGCUAGGCCCCGAGGGAGAAGAGCUCAUCCGGUUCUUCAGUUCCUUCAAUGAGGCAACAAUGGUGCUGGUGUCAUGGAUUAUGUGGUACGUACCUAUAGGCAUCACCUUCCUGAUUGGAAGCAAGAUUGUGGAAAUGAAGGAUAUCGUCAUGCUUGUGACCAGCCUUGGGAAAUACAUCUUCGCAUCUAUCCUGGGCCAUGUCAUUCAUGGAGGAAUCGUUCUGCCUCUUGUCUAUUUUGCUUUUACACGAAAAAACCCGUUCAGAUUCCUCCUGGGUCUCCUCACACCAUUUGCCACAGCUUUUGCUACCUGUUCCAGCUCGGCAACCCUUCCAUCUAUGAUGAAAUGCAUUGAAGAGAACAAUGGUGUAGACAAGAGGAUCAGCAGGUUCAUUCUCCCCAUUGGGGCCACCGUGAACAUGGAUGGCGCAGCCAUCUUCCAGUGUGUGGCCGCAGUGUUCAUCGCCCAGCUCAACAAUGUGGACCUGAAUGCAGGGCAGAUUUUCACCAUCCUAGUGACUGCCACUGCAUCCAGUGUUGGAGCAGCAGGCGUACCAGCUGGGGGAGUCCUCACCAUUGCCAUUAUCCUAGAGGCCAUUGGAUUGUCCACAGAUUACCUCUCUCUGAUCCUGGCUGUGGACUGGAUUGUGGACCGGACUACCACUGUGGUGAAUGUGGAAGGGGAUGCCCUGGGAGCCGGAAUCCUCAACCAUCUGAAUCAGAAGGCAAUGAAGAAAGGCGAGCAGGAGCUGCAGGAAGUGAAGGUGGAAGCCAUUCCCAAUUGCAAAUCUGAGGAGGAGACAUCACCUCUGGUGACACACCAGAAUCCAUCAGGCUCUCUGGUCACUGCUCCAGAACUGGAAUCCAAGGAGUCGGUGCUGUGA